GUGCGCGCAGAAGUGACGCUUUUGAACACGGCGGGUUGAGCAUGCGUUGUGUAGCUUUGUUACUGUUAGCUACUUAGCUAGCUAUUGAAAAAAUGGCGUUAAGCAAAACCUUUGGCCAGAAGCCGAUUAAAUUGCAGCUAGAGCAAGAUGGAGACUUCUACAUGGUUGGAUCAGAGGUUGGAAACUACCUCCGUAUGUUCAGGGGCUCUCUGUAUAAAAGGUACCCAUCACUCUGGAGGAGGUUAGCCUCAGUAGAGGAAAGGAAGAAGAUUGUAGCAUCAUCACACGCCACAAGUGUGACUCUGCUGAAGGCGUCCGAAUGUGAAGAGAUCUUUGAGGGGAAUGAUGAGAAGUACAAAGCGGUUUCCAUAAGCACAGAGCUACCAGCGUACCUCAGGGAGCAGAAGGCGAAGAGGAGCAGCCAGUGGGUCCCCACGCUGCCCAAUAGCUCCCACCACCUGGAUGCUGUGCCCUGCUCCACCACCAUCAAUCGCAACCGAAUGGGCCGCGACAAGAAGAGGACCUUCCCCCUGUGCUUUGACGACCACGACCCGGCGGUGAUCCACGAGAAUGCGUCUCAGGCCGAGGUGUUGGUUCCCAUUCGUCUGGACAUGGAGAUUGACGGGCAGAAGCUUCGAGAUGCCUUCACCUGGAACAUGAAUGAGAAGCUGAUGACUCCGGAGAUGUUUGCUGAGAUCCUGUGUGACGACCUGGACCUGAACCCCCUGGCCUUUGUCCCGGCCAUCGCCUCAGCUAUCCGCCAGCAGAUAGAGUCCUACCCCACAGACAGCAUCCUGGAUGAACAGACCGACCAGAGGGUCAUCAUCAAGCUGAACAUCCACGUUGGGAACAUCUCCCUGGUGGACCAGUUUGAGUGGGACAUGUCGGAGAGGGAGAACUCUCCGGAGACGUUUGCCCUGAUGCUGUGCUCCGAGCUGGGCCUGGGAGGAGAGUUUGUUACUACCAUUGCCUACAGCAUCCGCGGCCAGCUCAGCUGGCACCAGAGGACGUACGCCUUCAGGGCUGAUUUCAGUGAGAACCCCCUGCCAACGGUGGAGAUUGCCAUCCGCCACACAGGCGACGCUGACACAUGGUGCCCUCUGCUGGAGACCCUGACAGACGCAGAGAUGGAGAAGAAGAUCAGGGACCAGGACAGGAACACCAGGCGCAUGAGACGACUUGCCAACACUGCCCCCGCCUGGUAGAGAGAAGCACCAAUAAACUACUACAGAGCGUCUAGUCCAGUGGUUCCCAACCUUUUUGAACCGUGGCACACCUUGAUGGGAUAUACAAUUCUGCGGCACACCAAAAAUGUCCCUAUUAAUUAUUUAGUGGUAAUGACCGCCAUUUGAUCUAUAUUGCAUAUCAUCAAUUUUCUGUGACAAAUGUUUAUUAAAUAGGGUUUGUUUUAAGUAUUUUCAUAGUUCCUUACUCAUGAUGGUUCACUUGUGUAUACCCCUUUAAGAGCAUCCCGCAAAUCUGAGCCAGAAAKAAUAAAAUGUAGGUAUUGGGUAAAUAGGUAUUUCGUUUUGAACGGUCUGUGCUAGAGGUGCAACCAAAGCCAAGUUCCGUUUGUUUUUAUGGCAAGAGGCUGUGGUAUAGCUAAGCCCAGAGCCAUAUAUUAAGAAAUAAAUUACUCUCGCUAAGCCUAAUUAAUCAAAUUUACAAGUGCUAAUGGUUAUCACAGACUCAGUAAAAUAAUAAAAAUGACUUUGCUCGUGAUGCGAGCCCCUCAAAUGAUACAAAAGUAACAGCCCGAGCGCACUGGACUUGGAACAAAGAUACAGAUGUAACAAUGUACUAUUUAAUGUAUUAUCUGACUUGCACAGGUGCUCCCUGCUUCUAGUCAGCCAACAGUCAACUCCUAUGGGCCCUCUGUGGAGACACACACAYAAACAAACGUGACAAUAAACAUUUAACUGGUCCCUUCUUACAGCCCCCAUAAUAUUAAACUAACUCUAUGCUUGAUUGUCAUGCUAAUCCAGUACCAAUGUCACAUCUCUACUCCCAUUAAUUAGAAAAAUGACAUCUGAUCCCAGAUCAGGGACUGUUCAAGGAGCCUUAUCCAUUUCUAGCCCCUCUAGUGGUUCAACCGCUACUCUUUCUGAUGAGAUGAGGCGAUGUGGUAUAUAAAAGGUGCCAUGGGUAAGUGUAUUUGUCCGUAUGAAAUGUAGCCUUUGUCGAUUCUACGGACUCACCAUCUAAGUGAGCUCUACCUAUAAUACUGCUUUGAUGCACUCAUAUCUCUCAUGAUAGACAAUGCUGACUUGAUCUGUCUGUUAAUAGAAACACUCUUUUAGUACAGUUUUUAGUUUCCUUUUUUAAUAAAAUAACAUAAACCAGAUAUUUGAAAUGAA